AUGGCGACUACGGACCCUCUUCCUGGUGAGAAUGAGGAUGACUCCGUGGACUACGGCCUAGACGACGACCCCUCACAAUCCGGUCAGGAUGGCUCCCCCGCCGACCCCAAACUCAGCCAGACCUUGCCGAUGCAGAAGCGACGAAGAGUCGGUCGAGCCUGCGAUGAAUGCCGUAGAAAGAAGAUCAAAUGUGAUGGGAAACAGCCUUGCACGCACUGUACAGUGUACAGCUAUGAGUGUACGUACGAUCAACCAUCCAACCGCCGGCGCAAUCCUGCCCCGCAGUAUGUAGAGGCCCUCGAAGCCCGUAUGCACAAGGCCGAGGCCAUUCUCCGAUCCCUCCUUCCCGAUGUCAACCUCGAUGACCCCCAACUGGACGAGAAGCAGAUCCCCCCUCAAACUCCUCAACUGGGCCCUCCCACGACACCCAAACCCACCAGCCUGCCAGAAACAGGCCCAGAGGGCGGGGAAGAAGGGCUACUAGAGACUAUGGUCGAUAACUCGGGCUGCUUGGAUCGCGAUGACCAGGGCCACUGGGACUACCAUGGCCACACGUCGGGCAUGAUCUUCGUUCGCCGCUUGCGCAAGCAGUUGGGCGCCACUGAUGUCCCGAUCACUAAAACAUCGCGCAAUAUGACGCAGAUGCUCGAGAGCCCCAUUUCCAACUCGGGCUCGCCCCAAGAUGGAUCGCUGCCGCCCACGCACGAUCUCCCCCCACGGGUGGUUGCGCGCCGCUUGUGUCACAAUGCAAUCGAUGAUGCGUGCUCUCUGAUGCGCUUCGUGCAUGAACCGUCGUUCUUCGCUAGCUUCGACCGUAUCUACGAUACCCCGGUCGAUCAGUUUACGAACGAGGAGAACUCGUUCCUACCGCUUUUGUAUAUUGUUAUGGCGGUCGGUUGUCUGUUCUCUGACGAUGGGGGCGGCACUUUGGAUUUGGCUGGCUAUGAAGGUGCCAUUGGUCAAGGAUUCCAAUUCUUCAAGGCAGGACGGCAGCUGCUUGAAAUUACUGAUUGUCGUGACCUGACCUCCUUACAAGCAAUUUGCUUCAUGGUUCUCUUCCUGCAGUCUUCCGCCAAACUGAGCACCUGUUAUUCCUAUGUGGGCAUUGCGCUUCGCUCCGCCCUUCGAUUGGGACUUCAUCGCACGGUCACGGCGGACUUUAAUCCGAUCGAGCGAGAGCUGCGGAAGCGCAUCUUCUGGGUGAUUCGCAAAAUGGACGUCUAUGUCAGCACCCUCUUGGGUCUCCCUCAGAUGCUGAGUGACGAUGAUAUAGACCAGGAGUACCCGAUGGAGGUCGAUGGAGAGUUUAUUACUGCGGAGGGAAUCAUUCAGAUGCCCUCCGACCAUACUCCUCUGAUGGCAGGAUGCAAUGCGCAUACGCGCCUGUGCAACGUCAUUCUGAAGGUUGUCAAAUACAUAUACCCUGUGAAGAAUGCGCGGUAUCGCUCCAAACUUGACCAGCGAUACAUGGUCAGUCAUUCCAAAAUCCGUGAAAUUGAGCGUGACCUUCAGACCUGGAUGGAAGAACUCCCACCAGCCUUGCGUCCGGGCACGGAAGUAUCGCCACAGCUAGAACGACUCCGUCAGUUGCUGCGUAUCAGUUAUGCCCACGUCCAGAUGGUCAUGUACCGCCCAUUCCUCCACUAUGUUUCUGGCGGGUCUCAGGCGCGUGGUGUGGAUAAGCGUUCCUACGCCUGCGCUGCAGCUUGCGUAAGCGUGUCCCGAAACAUUGUUCAUAUCACGACUGGUAUGCAAAAGCGGGGCCUUCUCAAUGGGUCGUUCUGGUUCACGAUGUAUACGACUUAUUUCGCUAUCUUGUCCCUGAUCUUCUUUGUCGUCGAGAACCCCGAUUCACCCACCGCAAAGGAUGGUGUUCUGAAGGAUGCCAUGGAGGGCAAAAACACUCUAGCUGGAUUGGCUAAGAAGAGUAUGGCGGCUGAUCGCUGCUCUCAGAGCUUGAACUGCUUGUUCAAGACUUUGCCGGAGAUGUUAAAAAAUCGUCAAAAUAAACCCCAGGACUUGCCCACUCGCUCCAACACAUUCCCAACCGAGAUGAUGUCUCGGUUAAGCACAUCGGACUCGGGUCGCCGACAAAGAAGCUUGGACAAGACCAUGGUCCUCGGUGACAACCAGCCCACCGAGCUUGGCACCUAUGCUGCUUGGACCGCUUCGACUCCGGAGCUGCUCACGGAGACUAUGCAAACUCCCGAGCCGAUGUCUGCGACAUCAAUGAAUCAGUCCUUUGCUAAACCAGAGCCAUCAAGCCUGGCCUGGGCUCAACAAUUCAAUACUCCAAACAACCUUCCCGAUCUGAUGCCAAUGAUGUUCCCAUCCGACGACCCCUUUGCGUAUCCCACACAACCCAUGUCCACGCUCGAAGAUGAUCAUUUCCGCCACGAUCGCUCAGGCAUGCAAUUACCCUUUGACUCCAAACCGCAACAACCCAGCGGACUGGCCACAAGCACCUCCAGCGAUCCGUCGGGCACAAGUGUCUCCACGCCCACAUUCGAGGCUUUUCCGGUGCCCAGUUUCCCCGCCGGAACCCCUACAGGAGUGAAGUCGUCGAUUCCAAGCCGACUCCAUGCCAAUCACAGUCGAUCAAUGAGCUCGUCGCGACUCCAUUCGCCGAUAUCUCAGACGAGUGAAACUCUGAGCAGCCCGGACUUAGUCUCAAUUCCGAACCAGAACUUCGUUUGGGAAGGAUACAAUUUCCAACCGAAUAAUGCCACUACCAACGCCAAUAUGGGGGUCGAGACGACGAUGCAACAAGAUCCGCCGCCCCUCAAUGGCACACAAGAUUUCAACAUGGGCAUUGACCACAACACAAUGGCAAUGAACAUGGACCUUGGCAUCUCCUUCGACGACCUCUUCGGAACCGACGCCGUCUGUCGACCUGGACCGCGGGCGACCAACGAUGAGUGGACACAGUGGAUGAACGCCGGCGCUUGA